UGUAUCUUUAAUAGUGAGGGGAGAGAUGGGAGAGGCUGCGCGUGCACGGCUCCUUUUCUCGCUCCGCGGCGGCGUGGACGCGCAGUGGAGCCACAUUCGCCGGAGAGGAAAAAAGAGCCGUCGGUCCGCAACAGCGACUCGCCGGGGAAAAUGUGCCCUCCACCGCCCUUCAUCAGCAAUGUCCAGGUCUGCAAAGGUCAUGUGAAGGGAUCCACGACAUAGGAGGACUCGAGUGUGUUUCCCCCCCAAGAUCAGUGAACUUGUUCCAGAGGACCGUGAACUCCGAGGGUGAUUUUUAUAAGACAGGAAUUGAAGUCAACAAAAGACAGGUGCAGAAAAUGGCGAGAAGGCUCCUGCAGCUCUUUGCCCUGUGGACGUCUGUGGUUGGCAUUGUGCAGUGCUGUCCAGAGCUGUGCAGCUGCCAAGAUAAAUUUGCCCACCAGUUUGCCGACUGCGCUUACAAGGACCUGCUGGUGGUACCCGUGGGUCUCCCCUCCAACGUUACCACAGUGAGCCUUUCUGCCAAUAAGAUCAAGUUGCUGAAAGGUAAAAGCUUCAUAAACAUCACCCAGGUCACCUCUCUCUGGCUGGCUCACAAUGAGAUCGUCACCAUAGAGACGGACACCUUGGCCCCGCUGAUUCAGCUCCGCAACCUGGACAUCAGCUACAACAAAAUUGUGAGCUUUCCGUGGGAGGAUCUGCGCAACCUCACGGCCCUGCAGCUCCUGAAAAUGAACAACAACGAAAUGGUGAACCUCCCACAGGAUGCCUUUUCCACCCUCAAGGACCUGAGGUCACUGCGCAUCAACAAUAACAAGUUCACCACCAUUGUGCAGGGAACCUUCAGCGCUCUCUCUGCCAUGUCCCACCUUCAGAUUUUUAACAACCCCUUCGCCUGCUCCUGCAGCCUGGAAUGGCUGAGGGACUGGAUCACAACAACUAAGAUUUCUAUCCCCGAGCCAAAUACAAUUUUAUGUGAAGCCCCCGAGCAUCUGAAAGGCAUGAUGGUUACAAAGAUUCCUAAACUGGACUGCAGGGCCCCGACUGUCACUAUAACCUACCAGCCCAACAUUGAGAACACAGAGCUCUAUGAGGGUUCCAUGGUCAUUUUAAGUUGUGAGACAAAGGGGAGCCCCGAUCCACAAGUCAGCUGGGAGGUGAUUGCGGGAAAUCAGAAUUAUCUGUUCCCCCUGCCUAACUCUGGAGAGGUAAACGAUGCGCCAAUUAAUGAUAAAACCACCAAUAAUCGAUUCCUCGUCUUUAGAAACGGCACUCUCAUCAUCCCCCGACUGAGUAAAAAGGAAGAUGGAAAUUACAGCUGCUCCGCAGUGAAUGAUCUGGGUAAAGCAGAGAGCGGUGUGAGAGUGGUUGUGGCAGGCACCCAAAAACACGGCAGCAACUCGAAGCUCGACUCGACAGUGGACAAAAUCAAUUUGUCUGGUAAAAAGCCUUCAGCGCCUAAGGCCUCCACCAACAACGUGAUGAACUGGGCCAUGCCCGAUGAAAAGACAAAGAGCGGCCCCGAGGGCUCAUCGGACAAAACUGACGGCACAGAGCAGGUGGGCGGCGUUUCCAAGGACCCCGCCUUUGCGGGCAAGUGCGGCGUGAGAGACAGCAGUGAAUACAUCUCCAACCAUGCUUUCAACUUGAGCUUGGACGACCUGAAGCAGUACACCUUUGAAUUCGGUGUGAUUGCAUUAGAGGUGACAGAGACGGAGGCCAAGGUGCAGCUGAAUCCACUGCAGCUUCCCAGCAGCAAAUCCAACCUUCAUCUCAGUCAAAGUGAGAAGGAGGACACGGUGAAUAAAGAGCCGGCGGGUUUGUACCAGUCCUCGUCCGGCCAGUCCAUCCUGGACAUGCUCUACCUCUGUAUAAACACAGGACAUGGGCACUCUAUCGUUCAGUGGUCCAAUAUUGAGGAAGGGGUUAAUGCCUACCACUUCCAUGGUUUGAAGCCUGGCACCAAUUACACACUUUGCCUCACCUAUGGGGGGCAGGACUGCCAAGUCCAGGUAGUCUUCACAACCAGGAAGAAGAUCCCCUCCCUGCUCAUCAUCGUUGUUGUCAGCAUUUUCCUCCUGGGGCUGGCCACUGUGCCCUUACUGGGGGCCACCUGCUGCCAUUUGCUGUACAAGUACCAAGGGAAGACCUACAAGUUGAUCAUGAAGGCGCAGAAUCCGGAUCAGAUGGAGAAACAAGUGGCCGGGGAGUUUGAUCGCAGGGCGUCACUUGUGGAGUCCGAGAAGACCUUCGACCCCAGCGAGUUGGGCGAGGGCGAGGGGGAGGGCGAGGACGGAGACGGGGAGGGGGAGGCGGAGGGGAGCGUGGUGACCGAGUCCCUCCCCGGCUCCUCGUCCAAAACCAACCCGGAGGAGUUCGAGGUGGGCUCGGAGUACAGUGACAGACUACCCCUGGGGGCGGAGGCGGUCAACAUCUCGGAGGAGAUCAACGGCAACUACAAGCAGCCGAGCCGCUGAGCGCCGCGGGACGUCUGCGAGUAUGUGAUGUAAAAUAAUACUUUACUUUGAAAUAGCCUACAUUUACGCAGGUAACUCACCCACCACCAUUACCGCACGUGAAAAAACGAUGGCGCCUGACGAAAGCAAGGUGGAUCUUUUUAAUUAUCUCUUUAAAAACAAAAACAAAAAACAGCAACCUCACAGAGUGCUCCGCCAAUCACCGAGCUCGGGAAUUGAUUUGACAUGUGACAUGUGUACGUUUUCAAAUGCGUAACUGUGCGUUCACAUCGCAAGCACAACUGCGUAGUUUUAUCGCACCUCGACGCAACCGAGUGUUGUUCCCUUUCUGCAGGACGGACGCGGACGGGCAUCGCGCACAAAUCGCGUAAUUGAAGGCAAAAAUGAAAUAAAAGACAACAAAAAGCAACGAAGCGACAAACGUCGCCAAACGCGUGAAAGACAUUUUCUAAUAAAGUAACAUCAGGGAUAUGAAACGCUCUCUCCGUGCCAGCCGGCAGUGGACGAGCCUUCUUUUUACUAACAACGCGCACAUCCAUCCUCUCAGGUGUCAGGUGAUGAUGAGCACGAGGUGCAUGAUGAUGAUGAUGAUGAUGAUGAUAUUGAAUCAAAGUAUUGCCUGAUGGAUAGCAGAUAUUUGCGUUUGGCGUGGUUGUGCCUUACAUCGCCCUGUCCGCUGUCCUGCCGCUCAGACACAAAAAAGGGACAUUUCGCUUUUCGGCUGCGUUGCGCUCGACGGGACAUCGCAGCUUUUUAUUCUCUCUCUCUCUCUCUUUCCAAAAUAACAUGUUGUUUCACGUGAUCGAAGGUUUUUAAAACGUGCGAUUUCGACCCCUUCAAUAACAGGUGCUCUGCUGUACUACUCCCAUGGCAUGUCACUCGUAUUUCCCCCGUGUGGUUCUUAUUAGUGUCUAGUCUAGAGGACUUUAGAUGUUACUGUCAUCGUGUGAUGUAAAGCCAUGUGAAUUGAAAUUACUGGGAUUUUUUUUUUUGUUUUUUACGACGGUGAAUGUGGAAGAAGCUUUAAGAAACGGAGGACGACGGCUUCACCGUGUCGUGUGAUUUGAUGCAUAGAGUCUUUUUGUGAACAAUGUUGUAAAACAAGAAACCCCGUGACGUUUCGAGACCUUUUGAUAUCAUUUUAUGUAAGUGGAAUUAAUAAAAACAAAUGAAACUGUAAA